UUGUUUUUCUUUUGUCGGGAAAGAUGAGUCGACCCACUUUUGAUACCAAUGCUGCGGAGAUAUACAGGACUUCAGUAGAGCUAGAAGCAAUAGAUAGGAGGUCGGCAGAUAUAGUUGCCUGUAAGGAGCAAGGUGACGGAAGAGAUAGCAGAGAUGAAGAACAGCUGAAGGAGUCUGUAGAGAAGGCUCGAAAGAAGGAAAUAGCGAGCUACAUCAAGUACAAUGCUUUUGGAACCGCUAUGGGUUUCUUUGUGAACGGAUAUAUGUAUGACAUUUCGUCCUACAUUGUUGCAGUUUACACAGAUGUUUUUCCAUCCUUCAGGUCAAAUACAUUUCUUCAAACUGCUAUUGGUGUUUCUAUGCUUUAUGGCGUCAUGUUUGGCCUGUUAAUGUUUGGCUUUAUUGCUGACUAUUUCGGAAGAAAGAAGGGUCUUAUCAUGUGUUCUUGUUUGGUUCUUCUUGGAAAUAUUAUUGGAGUUGCAUCCCAUGGCACUACGGUGAACGGUGGUAUCUGGAUGAUGAAUAUUGGUCUUGGUGUUGCCGGCCUCGGAAUGGGCGGUGAAUAUACUUGCAAUGUUCCCAACGUUAUGGAAGAUAGCGAAGGUGUUGAUGUGAAAACCAGGGGAAGGCGAACUUCUAUGCUAGUUAUGUGUAUGGAAGUCAUGGGCAACUACAUGCCAUUUGUGGUUCAAAUUAUUAUUGUGGCUGCAGCUUGUAGAAACGCUCAUUUAGGUGCAGCCUCAGGUUGUCAUUAUAAUAUUCUCAAACGAGUGUCGUUUGCAGUAGCCACCAUUCCUGUCAUUGCCGUACUUAUUUAUCGUACAAGAAUGCGAGACUCUGCAAUGUUCGCUGCCGAUAAAGCAAAGGGUAAAUCUCGUUAUGACGCCAUUGACUUUUAUGUAGUCAUUCGCCAUUUUGCAUUCCGUUCAGUAGGAGCAGUGAUGAACUGGUUCCUUGUAGACUAUAUCAAUUACAGUCAAGGAACUUUUGGAGUUAUUAUUCUUCAGUCUGUAAUUGGAGUAUCGCUAUUGAAAUCUCUUUGGAUAACUCUUGCAGAAGGAGGAGCGUAUUUAAUAUGGUUACCGUUUUUAGCAGCACUAGUAGUCGAUAAAUUAGGAAGAAGAAAGACUGAGGUCUUUGGUUGGAUGUUCCUUGCGUCGACACAGCUUAUCAAUUCCGGUUUCUUUUGGCAGUUGAAGGCGAAACCUGUAGCUUGGAUCAUCUGGGGCACAUUCGUUGGUGGCUUUCAAUACUUUGUAUUUGUGCCUGUAUAUCUUAUUCCUGCUGAAGCUUUUCCUACGAAAAUCCGCGCAACAAUGUAUGGCGUUUCAUCUUCAUUUGGCAAAGCUGGUGGUAUUAUUGGGACUACUAUAUUUCCUACUUUGUGGGUGAAUUUUUCAGGCUCUGCCCAUUCUGAGACUUUACCGGCACUUCGAUUAACUAUGUGGUUCUAUGCUGGAUUGGAGUAUUUGGCUCUCCUUCUGGCCUUUUUCUUUGUUCCAGAGUAUUCCCAACAAUCUCUUAUUAGAGAAGAUCACCGUUUCGAUGAGUUAAGAAGGCGAUAUGCCGCAAAGUUCGCAGUACGAGUGGGUGUGACUGACCACGAAUUGCAAGAAGAAUCGCUCCAAAUAGGUUUCUUCCAAUUAAUUAAGUACAAAUUGAAGCUGUCACGAGAAGAAUUCCAAAGUUAUCUGAAGAAUUAUUCAGCCACACUAUGUCGUGAAGUUGGACUGAAGACUAGGGCAAGAAUUGAGUUGGUUUCAAAAUUGUCGACCGAUUACAAUGAUCUCACUCUUUUCUCCCGCUUUUUGAGAAUAAUCAGAUACGGAAAGGCUUACAAUGUACAGUAUGAGAAGAAUUCGGAGGACAUGGGAUAUUAUGAUCCAGUUGUGGAAGAGAGUGACACUGAACAAUUGAAGACCACCGAAUUUGAUGAAAUAUCGCAAAGUGGAGUGACCGGAACUUUGAUGGAUGAUGUCACGGCAAAGGGCCAUUCCUGAACUCUCGUUUGUUUUGAAUGACCUCUAUAAUGUUUUUUGUUGCAAGAAUAAAAUUCUGCUCUAUUUC